UCCCGCGCUCCCCGCGCCCGGCUCGCUCGCAGCCGGACACAGACUCUGCCUUCAGCUGCCGGCGGAUCGUGCUGGAGCCGCCGCGGCUGCCGCGGAAGGGAAACAUAGGAAAACAGCAGCCCCGCGGCCGGCCGAGCGUCGCCCGGCCCCCGGCUCAGCCCCCGGAGUGCGGAGCCGCCCAGCAGAUAUUUUUGAGUGCCUACUAUGUGCCAGCCUGUGCCAGGCACUGGGGACACUGGUGGAAAAGUGCGACUUGUUCCCUGCUCUCGUGGUGCUCAUCACCCCGGAGAGUUAUGUCAUGCCCAGACCAGCAGAGGGCUCCAUGAGGAUUUAUAGAAGAUGCCCCGCGUCUCGGCGCCUUUGGUGCUGCUUCCUGCGUGGCUCGUGAUGGUCGCCUGCAGCCCGCACUCCCUGAGGAUCGCUGCUAUCUUGGACGACCCCAUGGAGUGCAGCCGAGGGGAACGGCUGUCCAUCACCCUGGCCAAGAACCGCAUCAACCGCGCUCCUGAGAGGCUGGGCAAGGCCAAGGUCGAAGUGGACAUCUUUGAGCUGCUCAGAGACAGCGAGUACGAGACUGCAGAAACCAUGUGUCAGAUCCUCCCCAAGGGGGUGGUCGCUGUCCUGGGACCAUCGUCCAGCCCAGCCUCCAGUUCCAUCAUCAGCAACAUCUGUGGGGAGAAGGAGGUCCCUCAUUUCAAAGUGGCCCCCGAAGAGUUCGUCAAGUUCCAGCUCCAGAGAUUCACAACCUUGAACCUCCACCCCAGCAACACCGACAUCAGUGUGGCUGUCGCUGGGAUCCUGAACUUCUUCAACUGCACCACCGCCUGCCUCAUCUGUGCCAAAGCAGAAUGCCUUUUAAACCUAGAGAAGCUGCUACGGCAAUUCCUUAUCUCCAAGGACACACUGUCGGUCCGGAUGCUGGAUGACACCCGGGACCCCACCCCACUCCUCAAGGAGAUCCGGGACGACAAGACGGCCACCAUCAUCAUCCACGCCAACGCCUCCAUGUCCCACACCAUCCUCCUGAAGGCAGCUGAACUAGGCAUGGUGUCAGCCUAUUACACAUACAUCUUCACUAAUCUGGAGUUCUCCCUCCAGAGAAUGGACAGCCUGGUGGACGAUCGCGUCAACAUCCUGGGCUUCUCCAUCUUCAACCAGUCUCACGCUUUCUUCCAAGAGUUUGCCCAGAGCCUCAACCAGUCCUGGCAGGAGAACUGUGACCACGUGCCCUUCACGGGCCCUGCACUGUCCUCGGCGCUGCUGUUCGAUGCUGUGUACGCGGUGGUUACUGCCGUGCAGGAGCUGAACCGGAGCCAGGAGAUCGGCGUGAAGCCCCUGUCGUGCGGCUCGGCGCAGAUCUGGCAGCACGGCACCAGCCUCAUGAACUACCUGCGCAUGGUAGAAUUGGAAGGUCUCACCGGCCACAUUGAAUUCAACAGCAAAGGCCAGAGGUCCAACUACGCUUUGAAAAUCUUGCAGUUCACGAGGAAUGGUUUUCGGCAGAUCGGCCAGUGGCACGUGGCGGAAGGCCUCAGUAUGGACAGCCGCCUCUACGCCUCCAACAUCUCCGACAGCCUCUUCAACACCACCCUGGUCGUCACCACCAUCCUGGAAAACCCGUAUUUAAUGCUGAAGGGGAACCACCAGGAGAUGGAAGGCAAUGACCGCUACGAGGGCUUCUGUGUGGACAUGCUCAAGGAGCUGGCGGAGAUCCUCCGCUUCAACUACAAGAUCCGCCUGGUGGGGGACGGCGUCUACGGCGUGCCUGAGGCCAACGGCACCUGGACGGGCAUGGUCGGGGAGCUGAUCGCCAGGAAAGCAGAUCUGGCUGUGGCCGGCCUCACCAUCACAGCUGAGCGGGAGAAAGUGAUUGAUUUCUCGAAGCCAUUCAUGACUCUGGGAAUUAGCAUUCUUUACCGGGUUCAUAUGGGCCGCAGGCCGGGCUAUUUCUCCUUCCUGGACCCAUUUUCCCCAGGCGUCUGGCUCUUCAUGCUCCUAGCCUAUCUGGCUGUCAGCUGUGUCCUCUUCCUUGUGGCUCGGCUGACGCCCUACGAGUGGUACAGCCCGCACCCGUGUGCCCAGGGCCGGUGCAACCUCCUGGUGAACCAGUACUCCCUGGGCAACAGCCUCUGGUUUCCAGUUGGGGGCUUCAUGCAGCAAGGUUCUACCAUCGCCCCUCGCGCCUUAUCCACCCGCUGUGUGAGCGGCGUCUGGUGGGCAUUCACGCUGAUCAUCAUCUCAUCCUACACGGCCAACCUGGCAGCCUUCCUGACCGUGCAACGCAUGGAGGUGCCCAUCGAGUCAGUGGACGACCUGGCUGACCAGACUGCCAUUGAGUAUGGCACAAUUCACGGAGGCUCCAGCAUGACCUUCUUCCAAAACUCCCGCUACCAGACCUACCAGCGCAUGUGGAAUUACAUGUAUUCCAAGCAGCCGAGUGUGUUCGUGAAGAGCACGGAGGAGGGAAUCGCCCGGGUGUUGAAUUCCAACUACGCCUUCCUGCUGGAGUCCACCAUGAAUGAGUACUAUCGGCAGCGAAACUGCAACCUCACUCAGAUUGGGGGCCUGCUGGACACCAAGGGCUAUGGGAUUGGCAUGCCAGUCGGCUCGGUGUUCCGGGACGAGUUUGAUCUGGCCAUCCUGCAGCUACAGGAGAACAACCGCCUGGAGAUCCUGAAGCGGAAGUGGUGGGAAGGGGGCAAGUGCCCCAAGGAGGAGGAUCACAGAGCUAAAGGCCUGGGAAUGGAGAAUAUCGGUGGAAUCUUUGUGGUUCUUAUUUGUGGCUUAAUCGUGGCCAUUUUUAUGGCUAUGUUGGAGUUUUUAUGGACUCUCAGACACUCAGAAGCAACAGAGGUGUCCGUCUGCCAGGAGAUGGUGAGCGAACUGCGUGGCAUCAUCCUGUGCCAAGACAGCAUCCACCCGCGGCGGCGGCGCGCGGGGGUCCCGCAGCCCGGGCCCCCCGCCCCGGAGGAGCGCCGGCCGCGGGGCACGGCGACGCUGAGCAAUGGCAAGCUGUGCGGGGCUGGGGAGCCGGACCAGCUGGCGCAGAGACUGGCGCAGGAGGCCGCCCUGGUGGCCCGCGGCUGUACGCACAUCCGCGUGUGCCCCGAGUGCCGCCGCUUCCAGGGCCUGCGCGCGCGGCCCUCGCCGGCCCGUAGCGAGGAGAGCCUCGAGUGGGAGAAGACCACCAACAGCAGCGAGCCCGAGUAGCCCGGGGCCGGGGCGCGGGCAGGCGUCGCUCGGUCCACGGGGCGCCGACCCUCAUCUCCGGACAGACGGGCGGAUGGAAGGCGCCUGCCGCACCAGCCAGGGACCGGCCUUGCCGCUGGGGGUUGGGCUGCACCUGCAGACUUGGUGCCCCGCGGCGAUGGGACGCCACCCGCGCGGGCACAAGGACCCCGCUUCUCCCGGGGACAGUCUCGGGUGGGAGGGCCCUACCCAGACAGUCCAGCGAAUCGAGGGCAUCAUCAGUUGAAUUUCCCCCUAGGAAGGGGCCAUUGUACCCUGGGCCUAGUUCUUACAGGAAAAAAAAAAAAUUAAACUCAACAGGGAAGUUUUUCUUUUCUGGAUUUGUAUAUUUUUGUUAAUGUUCUUUUCUAUCCCCUUUCUCCUUUCCUUUCUUCUUCGAGUCCUCUCGGUUUUGUGGUUUGGGGAAGGGGGGAGGCUGGGUUGGGGCCUGGAAGUCUAAACAACCCCUGUUCCUUUUUCCUGAACGUUAAGGUGUCGAGGUGCCCACGUAAAGACUUCAGGUGCUGAGCUCCCUUGUGCGGGGAGGGGGUAGGUGGCCUGCGGGGUGCCGGACAGGGUGGUGCCGGUGGGGGAGGGCCAUUGCCACAUCUCCAGCACAAGUCCACAGAAGGUCUUAAACGACCACCCCCCCCCCCCCAAAAAAAAUACCAGUUCACGCGUGGUUUACACAGCCCUUGAAACAUCCGGGAUUUCAAAGGCUAAUCUGCCUUUUGUUUCUCUUCUUCCUGAGUUCACUGCUCCUGGCUUGGGUAUGGUCCUUUGUGAAGGAGAUCUCCGCAGACCCUGGACCAGAACAGAAAACCGGGGGCUGGGAUGGGGUGGAGGAAGGAGGAAGGACCCGGCCCGCCCUGGCCCUGCUGGUGUGGUGCACAGGUCGUGUCACGUCCAGCUCAGUAGCUGCCCGCGAGGCCCCACCUCCCAGGCUUUCAUGGGUCAAGUGAUUUCCUGCUACCUGACAGCAGCCUGGGUGCGUGGGUGCGUGCGUGCACGUGUGUGUGUGUGUGUGUGUGUGUGUCUACACCAAAUGGACAGACUGUCAGUUGAGAAGGAGUUGCCAGGUCUCUGGGAGCGAGAUGGAGUCUGUUAGCCAACACCCAGGCCUGGGAACCCCAGUGUGGGCAGCAGCCCUGCUUGUGCGUCCAUAGGUGAAGCCCUUGGCUUCUCUGGUGUCCACAAGCUAGGGGUGGUCCCUGCUCUUGCGUUCUUAAGAGCAGCGCGAAGGGCCGAGCGCUCCUCUCCUGCUAGGGGAGAGGCCCCACGGCAGCUGCCUGACCUCUGCUUGGCUGCCCCCCUUGGGAGUGUCACUCCGAGAGUUUUCAUUUUCUGGUGGAAAACAAAUUCUAUGCAAUUUCUGACUGUGAUUUUAGGAAACUUAGAGGGAGAGAGAGAGAAGAGCCGCUACCCUCACCUCCACCUCUGCCGCCAUGGCUGCCACCUUGAAUCGAGUUGUCCUCACGUUGCUUCUGUUCUGAAUGGACUAAAAUAAAGACCUCUUUGGAAGAUGACGAGCUUAAUCCCAUGCUUUUGUCUUUUGGAUAGGUCAGCAUCCCCAUUGGGCCAGAGCAGUCGGCUAGAGCUGCCAUCUUGGGGAAACAGUGGGACCCCCGAUUGUUCCUAUCAAGGAUGCCAUUUCUGUCCUAGGCUGACCUCUUCCCUCUCAUGAAUUUGGAUGCUUUUUCUUUUUUACUCUUUAAUUAGUAAAGGACAGCAAUGCGUGCAGGACACUUGAGUCUUUUUUGAAACCAUGCCUCAUGCCUCAUGGAGGAAUGUGGAUCUGGUGGGAAGGGCGUCCCAGGUGCCAUAGCGCUCCCACCUGCAUCUCCGUCCCAUGCUUCUGACAAAGUGGUCCCUCCUGGCAGAUCACACGUGGCGUGGGAAAGGUGUUUUUUAAAAAAUGAAAACAAAAACAAACAAAAAACCUAGUUUUUAUGAGCAGGAGAUCCUGAUCAACCACAAGCUUUUUUUUUUUUUUUUAAUGGAUUAGUGAAAUAAAUGUGCCCAUGCAUCAUUUAUAAAGUCUGUGUCCUUGGCCGUGUGGAAUAGAGAUGACAUUGACAGCACGAGACAGUUUCUCGGAGCUGCAGUCACUGCACCCUACGCAAGCUGCUGAGGGAAUUUGCAACCAGCUAGCUCUCUUCCUGGGUUUGUCUGCCUUUUUAUCUGUUGGUUGUUGGCUGUCCUUUCCAUUCUGUAUUUUCUAUCGGAUUCUGUAUACUGUAUAAAGCAGUUUUUUCUUGUCUGUUUAUCUUUCUUCGACUGGAAUAUUUACAAUAAAACAGAAACAAACCUUGA